UCCCGUGGCAAACUUAACUGUGCGCGCUCUGAGCGGCUGGUACUUAACGCCUGCCGUCUCGUCUCUGUUCCAGGAGCUGAGCCAAUGUGUACAUCGAGCAAACGACGACAGAGAGGGAUCCUGUGUCUGUCCCGGUGCCACACAUUCACCUGUUUCUCCGUGGUGAACUGAAGGAUAAUUCUUUCGAGAGGUCCCCACAUUUCAAGAGGAGACGAAAGCCUUAUUUGGAAAUCUUAUGGACGAAGUCCUAGCUACGGGAAAUGAGUCGCCAGACUGCCACCGCGCUGCCCACAGGAACAUCUAAGUGCCCUCCUUCUCAGCGUGUGCCCACCCUUUCAGGCACCACAGCCUCCAACAGUGACCUGGCGAGCCUGUUUGAGUGUCCUGUCUGCUUCGACUAUGUCCUCCCCCCAAUCCUCCAGUGCCAGUCCGGACACCUGGUGUGCUCCAACUGCCGGCCUAAGCUCACUUGUUGCCCCACCUGCAGAGGUCCCCUGGGUUCCAUCAGGAACCUGGCCAUGGAGAAGGUGGCCAACUCUGUCCUUUUCCCCUGCAAGUAUGCCUCAUCAGGCUGCGAAGUCACCUUGCCUCAUACCGACAAGACCGAGCACGAAGAGCUUUGCGAGUUUCGGCCGUAUUCCUGCCCCUGCCCCGGCGCCUCUUGCAAGUGGCAGGGAUCUUUGGAUGCAGUCAUGCCUCACCUGAUGCACCAGCACAAGUCCAUCACCACACUGCAGGUUAGAAGUUACUCAGCUCCUCAGUUUCUUCCACAAAACAUGCUCCUAAAAGUGUGUGCCAUUUUUACUAAGUGAGGAUGAGACACUUUG